GAAGACAAAUACAAGGAAAGCCCCCCGAUAUGUGAAACAACUCAAACUAGCCACAAAUGUAAAACUCAUCUCAUCUCGUCCUAAACAAAACUUGUAAACUAUAAAACCCUCUAGAAACUUAUCCAGAUCCAGCUCAGGACCAUGGCGGAGCAAAAAUCCGACGAUUUGUUCGGCUGCUUACCGGACGAGAUCUUUUGCCGCAUCAUUUCUUUUCUUCCUUCCGAAACCGCACUAGAGACCAGCUUCCUCUCACGAAGAUGGAGAGGCCUGUGGAACUUGGCCUCAGUCCAACAAUCAACUGUCGAUGGCAUUGCCACCGAAGUCACCGAAUUCUUGGCCGGUUUCGACAAACUAGAUCCGCUGAGGCGCCCCCGGCGGCUGCAACUCCACUUUGGCAAAGGCAGUGUGCUAGUGGCUACAAUUGCAGCCAACAAUAAACUCAAAGUGGAGUUCUCAACAGGAGAGCAAGAAGUUCCAGGGCAUUUUGAUUGGCAUUUGCAGCUUAGUCACCAAAACGGUGUCCAUCACUUUUGUCCCUCCACUUUCUUUGUCAAAACUCUACAUCUCAAAUCAGUUGGAUUUCUCACCAAUGCGUCUGUUUCUUCCAUGGUCUCAAGAUUUCAGUUUCUUGAGAGCUUGAAAAUCAUUGAGUGCUAUGGAUUGCAAUCCCUCCAUGUUGAGUCCAGUCCAAAGCUUAUUAGCUUAACCAUUUUGGAUUGUCCACAUUUGGAGUCUCUUCACCUUAAAUCUUCCAAACUUCAAUCGUUUCGAUACCGAGGGAAGCUCCCUAGGAUUUCACCUGAAUAUCACUUUAACUUGGCUGAUGCCAUGCUUGAUUUCAGACAAGGUCUUGGCACAGAUGGUUUUGUUGCUAGUGAAUUUGACGCAACUCUGUUAACCAUAAAAAAUGCUCAAGUUGUUACUCUCUGCAGGUGGACUUUUGAGAGUUUGAUUUGGCCCUCAGUUUUGCCUCUGAAAGGGACUUUCCAAUUCUAUAAACUGAAAGAAUUAUGGUGGAUUGAUUACUCGGAGUCGGAGGAGGGCUACAAAGCAGAUGCCUUGAUAUCCUUUCUGAAACUCUGCCCCGCCUUGGAGCGGCUAUUUAUAACUAUUGAUCCUAAAAGCUACUGCGAACCGAGCACAAAUACAUUCUUGAAGAAAGCUACUAAGCAUACAGAACUUGGUCAUCUCAAAGUGGUUAAACUGGAGGGAUUUGUGAACCAAGAGGAUGAGUUUAAUUUGCUAAAGCGUAUAAGAGAGCUAGUCACAGUAGAGCCACUUAUAAUAUCAGCAUUAGAUGAGAACUGUGGCAACCUCCUAACAUCAACACCCUCUCCUAAACAUGCUCAAAUGUGUCUUUAGUUUUACCUAAUUUUCGCAUUUUUCACAUGUUUAUUGCCAUUAAGAAUUAUGUUCUGGGUAGCUUGUAAAAAGUCUCUAGGAUUUGCCUCUUGAUGCUUGAAUUUCGUUUGCUUUCAUUCUCAGACAGCGGCCAUGUAAAGGGUAGGAUGCUAAAUCUGGAUGGUGGUUAUCAGCUUUGCUAAUAGUUCAAAAUUUGAUAUAAUUAUCUAUUUAUUAGAAUUCUAGGGUUGGAUUUGAAAAAUUAUCCCAACAGUAAGACACAUUU